UUCUCGCAUGAUCGCAUGAGUAUUUCGGACAACCGUGUUCAUUAGAAUGGAUGUAGAUGAACUAAUUGCACUAUAUUUUCAGUUUGGGCUACCAUACAAAGACAUUGCUGCAUUGCUUGCAAGACGUCACAGUUAUGUUGUGUCUGAACGUCACAUAAAACGUAUCCUGAAGUCCUGUGGUCUAUUUCGGCGCAAAGGAUAUACAAACCUUGAAUAUGUUGUGGGAUUCAUUCAAACACAGCUGCAAACGACUGGUCAACUGAACGGAUAUAGAUGGAUGUUUACAAAAUGUCUGGAAAAUGGACUUAAGGUAAAGAAAGAAGAGGUCCGUAUUAUAUUAAAAGAACUUGAUCCAAGAGGUGUGGAACUUAGGAGAACCAGACGUCUUCAUCGGCGCAGCUACUUUGCAAAGGGGCCGAAUUACAUAUGGCAUUUGGACUCCUAUGACAAACUGAAACCAUUUGGAAUCUGCAUCAAUGGCUGCAUUGAUGGAUUUUCUAGGAAAAUCAUAUGGAUGAAUGCGUUCACCACCAGCAGUGACCCAAAGAUUAUUGGAGGCUACUUCAUGGACGCAGUUAAGAAAACAGAUGGCUGCCCAAGGAUCGUCAGAGGUGACAGGGGCACGGAGAAUGUCAGAGUGAGAGACUUCCAACGUUUUCUGCGGCGAGAUAUACAGGAUGACUCUGACAUUGACAGCUAUAUAGAGGGGGCAAGCACAUCAAACCAGAGAAUUGAAAGCUGGUGGGGUUUCCUCAGGAGGGAGUCAAUGGAGUUCUAUAUUUCUCUGUUGGUUGAUCUUAAGGAUCGUGGUUUGUACAACGGUGAAUAUUUGGACAAAAGCCUUGUUCAGUUCUGCUUCCUGGGCAUCAUACAGGAUGAGUUGGAUGAGAUGACCUCUGUGUGGGAUUCACAUAUUAUUCGACCAUCAAAAAAUUACAGAGUACCCAGUGGCCGACCUAAAGUUAUGUACAUGUUUCCAGACCUCUACUCAACCAGAGAUUGCAUUUCACCAGUAAACAGUGAUGAUGUACAGCUAUGCAUUACAAACUGUGCAUUUCGACAAGCAACACCAUGUGACACAGACAUCAACAAUCUCUGCAACUUUCUGAUGGCAGAGUCACAUUUGCAGCUCCCAUCUGAUGGUUUCCAAGCAAUUGAUCUGUACUUGCAUUUGCGAACUAGUAUUAGAACUAGUCUAUAAGUUGUAGUGACUUACAAAUGGUCAUCCUGUUUGUUCAGUAUCUUUGUAAAUAAUUUUUAUCUUAGAAGAUUGUGUUUCUUUCUUUUAGAAAUGACUGACAUGACACAUCGCCUAUUAAAUAAGGCAAAUAUAGUUCCUUUUUUCCACAGUUUAUUCAGAAACCUGACCUUUAUUCAUAAAGAAAGCCAGUGAAAAGUUGAACAAUGUGUGUUUAUUUGUUCACAUAACACUCAAAAUGUUACUUUGGAUAUGAAAAUCUUCUGAACAAAACUGAAAGUUAUGAUGAAAAGAAAAGAAGUUAACUUUUUACCACAGAAACAUCAACUACUGUGAUUAACUAAAUCAUUGUUUUGAAUCAAGAAUUUGCGUUGUAGAGCUGUCAAAAAUAAACAUAAACAGACUCUGAA